GAGAGAGAGAGAGGCGGAGACGUGUGUGUUGGGGAGGCCAGUACGAUAGCCAAGGGAAAAUGGCGGCUUGCUGUUCCUGGAAAACCCUAGCAAUUUCAUCCUCUUCCGCUCGAGCUCUCCUUCACGCCCGCUUCUCUGUUCAGAGGCUUACCAACUUCAGGCUUCCAGGGGAAUUAUCAGGCAUGCAGUCUCUAAUGCCAUUGCACAGUGUUACUGCUUCUGCCUUGUUUACUUCGUUGCUUUCUUUGCAUAACAACAGUUGGGGUUGUCUAUCUAAAGCUAUGCCUGAGGAAAAAGAAAUCUUUAAUAGUGAUUCCAACUCCAAGGUGCUUCUAAAGGGUCUGUCUUACACCGAACUUGAGGAAUGGGUUCAAGCACGAGGAUACAGACCUGGCCAAGCUUUAAUGCUGUGGAAGCGUCUUUAUGGGGAUAACAUUUGGGCACAUACCGGCGAUGAAUUAGAAGGUUUAAACAAAGAUUUUAAGAAAAUGUUGAUUGAAAACGCUGAGUUCAGGGCACUGUCUUUGAGGGAAAUUCUCCCAUCAUCUGAUGGAACGAGGAAGAUUUUGUUCGAUCUGGAAGAUGGAUUGGUAAUAGAAACUGUUGUUAUACCUUGCGAUAGAGGCAGGACUACUGUUUGCGUUUCAAGUCAAGUGGGUUGUGCCAUGAACUGUCAGUUCUGCUACACUGGCAGGAUGGGCCUGAAGAGACAUCUGACUGCUGCUGAGAUAGUAGAACAGGCAGUUUUUGCAAGGCGUUUGCUUACUAGUGAAGUGGGUUUAAUUACUAAUGUCGUGUUUAUGGGAAUGGGAGAGCCACUUCACAACAUUGACAAUGUCAUUAAAGCUGCAAAUAUAAUGGUUCAUGAACAAGGCCUUCAUUUCAGUCCACGCAAGGUCACUGUUUCAACUAGUGGACUUGUUCCCCAGCUGAAACGUUUCCUGAAUGAAUGUAACUGUGCUUUAGCUGUUAGUUUGAAUGCAACUACCGAUGAGGUUAGGAAUUGGAUCAUGCCAAUAAACCGAAAGUAUAAGUUAGACUUGCUUCUUCAGACUUUACGCGAGGAACUUCGCUGCAAGCACAAGUACAAGGUUCUUUUUGAAUACGUGAUGCUUGCUGGGGUUAAUGACAGCACUGAAGAUGCAAAGAGGAUCGUUGAUCUUGUCCAGGGUAUUCCAUGCAAGAUUAACCUUAUUUCAUUUAAUCCACAUUGUGGAUCUCAAUUUAGACCUACUUGCAAGGAGAAGAUGAUCGAGUUUCGAAAUGUUUUGGCUGAAGCCGGGUUGACUGUUUUCUUGCGACUAAGUAGAGGUGAUGACCAAAUGGCUGCCUGUGGUCAGUUAGGCAAACCUGGUAGUGUUCAAGCUCCUUUACUGCGUGUGCCCGAUCAAUUCCAAAUGGCAAUGAAAUCGUGCCCUUAGUUCCUGCGACAAGGUACAUAAACAUUGGCAUCGGUCCGUCGACGUGGCAUGCGAUGUUGUGCCUGCUUACAAGCAAUGGUUAGAGUCCAUGCUCGUCUUCAGCUUUCAAGUCUUCUUGGAGGGGAAGCUAUGUAUACAGCCCAUGUCAAGAAAUUCAGCCCUCAUGUUUUCCUAAAUUUAUUGUCAUUCUUUAGUUUUGUUUAUGUUUAUGGUUGAAAAUUAAGAUUUAAAUUAAUCCUUAGGUGGUUCUGAUAAUGAAACUUUAUGUAAGCAAAAAAUAAAAUUAAAUCUAAUGAUAAACAUUUAAAUGGUAAUUAACCAGUGUAAUAAUAGAGAAGGAAGAAAGCAAAUACAAUUUCCUUUCAUCCAUUCUCAAUCAAUACCGAUUCAGUGCAACAAUGAACAAAUGAUGGAAGAA